AUGCACCCGUAUGCCCCUCACGCCCAUUCCUACGUCCACUCCCACGGCAUCGGCAAGAGGGAGACCGAAGCCAAUCCUGAGCCUCAUUAUAGAGGCUACGGAUACUCGUAUGGAUACCUAUAUGCCCCACACGCCCACUCCUACGUCCAUAUCCACGGCAUCGGCAAGAGGGAAGCUGAGGCUGAUCCUGAGCCUCAUAGAGGCUACGGAUACCCGUAUGGAUACCUAUAUGCCCCACACGCCCACUCCUACGUCCAUUCCCACGGCAUCGGCAAGAGGGAGGCUGAGGCCGAUCCUGAGCCUCAUUAUGAAGUCUAUGGUCAUGGCCUUUAUCGCCCUUAUGGCCUUGGCUUCUAUGGACCUUAUCGUUACGGAUACUAA